AUGUCGACGGUGGAGCUGAGUGAGCUGGAGGCUCAUGAGCUCCCCUCCUUCCUCACCAUGGUCACCGUUGGGCAAGCUGAGCUGGCGCAGGAGCGGCGGGUGGUGCGAAUGCGCCUUGCGAAGGCCCUGUGUAUCUUGUCCACCUUAGUGGGUGCCUUCGCGCUGGCUGUCCUCAACUCCUUGGCGGCGCUGUCCUUGAGCAACAUCUUGCGCCCAGGCUUUCCAGUCCUCACCCCGCUGCUCUUCGUGGUCUUCGCCAUUUGCACCGCCCGCACCAUCUCUGGCGCCGGGUUCGACGCCAAGCCGCCGCCUCGUUUGCCUUCCGGGCGGUCCUUCGCCGGACGGUCCUUGCGGUCUUGGGGGCUGAAGUACUUCCACUUGAAGGUGGCGGUGCUCGAGCUGGUGCAGUUGGCCAACCAGCUGCUGCGCUUGGUGACGAUGCUCUCGCUGGGCCAAUCUCGCGUUUGGAUCAGUGUUCAUGCUGUGCUGAUCUGCAUCAACGCUUUUGUGUCCCCACGGCUGCACUUCUCCCCAGAGGUGCAGGUGAACACCUUCUUCAUGAUGCUCUUCAGCGGCUUCAUGUCCGUGACCUUCGGCGCAUGUCUGCCUUGCCUCAUGGUGGCCGAGGUCACGUGGCUGUACUUCCUGCAUGCAGCCAAGGACAACAUGAGCCUGCAGGCGAACUUUGUGCAAGCCUUCGUCAUCGGGGAGAUGCUGGUGCCCAAGACCUUCCCAGCGCUCCUCUCGCUGCUGUGGCCCUUCAUCUCCUUAAACCUCCGCCUCGCCGGGCUCGAGAUCGCGGAGCUGUGGAGCCACCCCCACGUGGUGGACUCCCGCGCGCGGGUGCCCUGCCGCCGUUUGUACGUGGCCUUGUUCGUAGCCAUCGGCGCAACGGCCUUCCUACUGGGCAUCACCGCCAUCGACCGCUCCCCGUGCGCCAAGAAGCCCUGGCGAGCCUCCUGUCGAGUCUUCAGUUUCGAUCUCUUCGCCUGGAGCUGUGGUUGCAUCUACUACAUGGAGACCGUCUCCGGAGAGCACCUGGAAUGCGAUAGCUUCGAGACAGUGCAGGCCAUGCUGCGUGACUCAAAGGGCUUGCGGGUCUUCGUCAUGCAAGGCUGCGAGAAGCUGAGCGCGCUACCCAGCUUCGAGCAGAACUUGGACCUGGAGUUCCUCGUGGUGUCCCGCAACAACCUCUCAACGCUGCCUUCACUGUCACGCCAUUGGCGGCUCCAGCAGAUCAUCGCCGGGCAGAACAUGCUCCGGUCGCUGCCAGAGCUGCACGGCAACACGGAGCUGGUAGAACUGGAGGUGCCAGACAACAGGAUUACGAUGCUGCCUUCGCUGGAGGCCAACCACAUGCUGACGAGCUUGCAAGUGGACGCCAACAUGCUUCGUCACCUACCUGACGUGAAGCAUUUGCGGCACCUCGAGACGUUCAGCGCCGGCCGAAACCUGCUAAGAGAGCUACCAGCACUGCCCAGCAGCUGCAGAUUGAAGGGCAUCUUCAUGACGGGCAACAACUUGCGCUCGGUACCGUCCAUGAGCCAUUGCCGCAGCCUUGAGACCGUGUCCUUGGGCUGGAACCAGCUGACGAGUGUGGACUUGCCGAAGAGCCCCCUGAGAUCUCUGUACCUCACGUCGAAUCGCUUCUCCCAGCUGCCGUCCUUCCCUUGCGCACGCCUGGAGGCGCUGGAUGUUGGCAGCAAUAAGCUGAAGACUUUGCCAGACCUGAGCCACUGCAAGCAGCUGAAGGUUCUGCAAGCGGGGUCCAACAUCCUUACCACCUUGCCGGAUCUCUCCGAAAACCCACAGCUGCUUUCUCUCUCGGUGGGCGAAAACUUGCUGCAGCAGCUGGUGGUGAAGUCGCCGCGAAUGGUGAAGCUCCAGGCCAGCGCCAACAGCUUGCAGAGGGUGGAUCUUCGGGCCGCGCCCAAGCUCGCCAUGCUCUACUUAACCAAGAAUAAGCUGACUCAGCUGGACCUCUCGGCCAAUGGCGAGCUGAUCGAGGUGGUGAUUGCCAACAACGACCUAGAAAGCGCAGACUUCGUGUCGUAUCUGGAGAAGGUCACCUUGCUGAACCUCAUGGGCAAUCGCCUACGUUCCCUACCACGAGUGGUAAGCAAGAGCUUGAUCAAGCUGGACUUGUCGGACAACUUCCUGCAGAGGUACGGACCCGUGGAGAGCCAGGUGUUGAAGGACCUUCUGCUCUCAAACAACGAGCUGACCCAACUCCCCGACCCCAGCGCAGCCCGGAUACUGGAGAUGUUGGACCUGGAGCGGAACGCCGUGUGCCAACUGCCCUCCUUCGCCCAGAAUCUCCAGCUCCGAGAGCUGCGCGCCGGGCACAACUGUUUGCAGCAGCUGCCAAGCUUGAGCCAGAACAUGGCGCUAAACGUGCUCAGCGUCCCGCGGAACAACCUGAGCUCUUUGCCGGAACUGCCGGACAGACAGCUCGUCAAGAUCGAUGUGAGGGAGAACAAGCUGCAGGAGCUGCGGGGAGUUCUGCGGGUGGAAACGCUGCUUUGCGAGGAGAACCCCUGGCGAGAACCGCCAUCUGUCAAGGCGCUGGAGCUGGAGCAGUCGCAGUGCCUGGACCGACAAACCGAGAAAACGGUUCUUUCGCCCCCCAACCGCGCCAAGCCUCGCGAGGCCGUGGUUUGA